AAGGAAUUAUUACACAACAAUUUCUAAAAUUGAGAAGCGGAGAGUUUGAUGUGCAAAGCAUCCAUACGAUAUCGUUGACCCAUUCAGAUAUCUGUGACCUGGGCUGUAUCGGAGAGUGUACAAGUCUGGAGAGGCUGGAUCUGUCCUACAACAACAUCAGUCACCUUCAGAAACUUUCAACAGCCACAUCACUGACAGUGCUCAACUUGUCUGCAAACAGAAUCACAAGUUUGGAUGGCCUGCAGAUGCUAGAGAAUCUGGAGAAUUUGAAUAUUUGUGGAAAUCUUCUUGGCAGUGUUGACGUUCUCCGAAGCAUCUCAUGCUUGCUGAAGCUAACCACCUUGCGACUUCAUGACCCAGUUACAGGACUGACCAACCCGAUGUGCAACACAAGCUACCUAGACCAGGUCCUGUUGAUCCUACCAUUUGUGGAGACUCUCAAUGGUUCUCGGGUACGUGGCAAAGGGAGUGAACUGUUUCAGUUAUGUCAGAAUAUGGACAAAACUAUUAAAAACAUGCCAUCUGUAGAAUUACUUAGCUCUGAGGACAGCAGUCCACCAGCUCCAGAAGACAGAAGCCAGUGGGUGAUCUUACAGAGCUCUCAGGAUGAACUGUUGAAAGCUGAAGCAGCUCUGCAAG